AUGGCAGAUCAAGUCGCAGAAUCCCAUGAUGGCGAUGCAGCUGGAUUCUCGAGCGCCACAUUGUCGCUAGUCCCCAGCGAUUGCGAGGAGUUUGACCUUCACAUAUAUGCCAGCGACAUGUUACUCAUCGUGCAGUCUAAUAGCGAUGAUGCUGCUGCUCGUCUCUUGCACCUAAAAAAUGUUCGCGAGGACACACUCGCCGAGGCCCAAGCUACUGUCAAUGGCUUUUUUGACCAGUUCGAGCCUCUUGACAGCGGUCGCCCCGGCACAGUGUUCCAGAUGUUUGAUGAGGUCCACGAGGAUUCAAAGGACCAUAUUGAAAGGGCUCUGGAUUGCGUUGAAGAUGUCGAGAGCGAGUUGACGGAAAUUGAAUAUGAUGACGAGCUAUAUCCCAAGAGACCAACAAGCACGACUAACCACAACUCUAAUCCAAUUGCCGAAGUCUUGGCUGCCUGUGAUGAAUUUCUCAAACGGGUACGCUCCAUCCAGGCCAAGUCUACAGACUACGCCAAUGACACUGGCUCCAAGAGGUAUGCCAGAGUAGUGAUCAAGGGGGGCGAUCCCAGUCACGGGCACCUUGGUACUUAUGUUGGGCAGGAGAGCGUGAAGCGUGACCUAGGUUGCAGAUGGGAUGAACAAUCAUACCCGGGACGUCUGAGCACCAGCAAGAAUGAGAAAUAA